AUGGCUAAACUUGCCUCAUUAUGCAGUAGUAGCUCUCUUAUAGCUCAGUUAUACCGUUUAACAACGCGAUCUUACCACAGACUUCUUGUAUUGCAAUGGAAUAGCCUCAAUGGCAGGCAGAAAGGUCGUUGGAUUAACACAAACGCUCCACUCUUACAUGGCGAAUACGAAAUGCAAGAUCCAACAUCUCCAGAUGAAAUCGUAAAUGUCACCUUUAUCACUCGAGAUGGAGAAAAGAAACCGAUUCAAGGAAAAAUUGGUGAUAACAUUUUAUACUUAGCUCACCGAUAUGGUAUUGAGCUGGAAGGUGCCUGUGAAGCUUCUUUAGCAUGCUCGACCUGCCAUGUCGUUGUUGAUGAUGAAAAUUUUGACAAGUUAAAUGAACCAGAUGAAAAGGAAGAUGAUUUACUAGAUAUGGCUCCACUAUUGACGCAUACAUCAAGACUAGGAUGUCAAAUUACUUUAACAAAAGAAUUAGAAGGAAUGGUGCUAACGUUACCCAAAGCAACGCGAAACUUUUAUGUAGAUGGACAUGUACCCCAGCCGCACUGA